CCCUCUCCUCCAACAUGGAGGACAUGGCUAGUCUCCAAGCAGAAAACCUCUCCAGGGCCGUCUGCAUAUGAAGAGGAUGAUCGCCUUCAGGCCGAGACACUUGAAAGGCUGGCUAGGCGAACCUCAAAACAAACAAGGAAAUCCUUUGUUGUUUCCACGUCCGCGAGUGAACUUUAGCAGUCGAGCAUAAUGGGUUGGAAACUCAAAGACGACGGGGAUACACCGCGCGAGGUUUACAACUGGAAGUUAUACGCCGCAUCCAUCUGCGCAGGCUUCGGCGGAUCUCUCUUCGGUUACGACAAUGCCUUCCUCGGCGGCACACUCGCCCUGCCCGCGUUCCGGGACCAAUUCGGCCUGACCAACCUACCGACCAAGGACCUCGACGCCCUCUCCAGCAAUAUUGUCAUCACCUUCCAGGCCGGCUGCUUCAUCGCCUGCUUCUUUGCCCUCCCCUGCGCCGAGAUCUGGGGGCGGCGCCUCACGCUCGUAGCCGCCUCGCUAAUCUUCAUCAUUGGCGCCGCCAUCCAGCUAGUCGGCUCCAUCGACACCAUGUACGCAGGCCGCUUCCUGACAGGCCUUGGCGUCGGGCCCCUGACCUCCGUGGUACCCCUGUACGUCUCCGAGAUCGCCCCGCCCAUGCUCCGCGGCCGGUGCAUCGGCCUCUUCGAGAUCGCCUACCAGCUCGGCGGCCUGCUAGGCUUCUGGAUAAGCUACGGCGUCAACCUACACGUCCCGGCCUCCAACCCCAUGCAGUGGCGCGUCCCCGUGGCCAUCCAGCUACCCCUGAUCGGCGUAUUCCUUCUGGGCUGCGUCUUCCUGCCCGAGUCGCCCCGCCUUCUCGUCAAGAAGGGCCGCCUCGACAGCGCCCUGGCCAUCCUGGCUCGCCUCCGCGGCCUCGACCCUGCGCACGGGUACGUGCAGCGCGAGUUCGCCAACAUCCAGGCCGAGGUGCAGCUGGAGCGGUCGGCGAUGGGGGUCAGUUCCGACGACUCGCGGUGGACGGUGGUGCGGAAGCUGGCGCGGGACUGCGUCCAGCGGGACAUCCUGUACCGCAUCUCCAUUGGCUGCGUGACGCAGUUCAUCGCGCAGAUGUCGGGCAUCAACGGCAUCAACUACUACUCGCCCACCAUCUUCAAGUCGCUGGGCAUCGUCGGCACCAGCACGGGCCUCUUCGCCACGGGCAUCUACGGCGUCGUCAAAUCCGUCACCGCCGUGGUGGCCCUGUUCUUCCUGGUCGACCGCCUGGGCCGCAAGACGCUGCUGCUAAUCGGCUGCGGCAUCAUGACUUUCUCGCUGCUGUUCGUCGGCGUGUACAUCAAGGUCGCUGGGCCCACAGCCGACGGGAGUGCCGACCGGCAAAUCAGUGGUGGCGGCAUCGCGGCCUGCGCCUUCAUCUACCUAUACGUGGUGGGGUACGUGUCCUCCUUCGCCGGCAUCCCCUGGAUUCUGUCCAGCGAGGCCGUGCCGCUCAACGUGCGCGCCACCAGCGCCACCCUCGGCGCCUCGGUGCAGUGGUUGAUGAACUUGGUCAUCACCAAGGCGACGCCAUUCAUGAUCUCGAGCAUUGGCUGGGGCACUUUCGUCUUCUUCGCCGCCUGGGUCGUCGUUGGAGCUGCGUAUGUCUGGUUCUUCGUCCCGGAGACGAAGGGCGUGCCUCUCGAGCACAUGGCGGCGGCGUUUGGUCACGAGGACCGCGUCGAGGACCUUAUGGCUGAAGACACGGCAAAGACUCCUGUGAAUGGCCAUAGGUCCACCUUAGGACGACGUUCCGACUUCCCCGUUUAG